AUGAGCCAAAAACCCGUUCUGCUAUUUGUCACAGGCGCGUGGCAUCCUCCCAAGUGCUACGACGUUCUCAAGACCGCUCUCAUUGACUCGGGCUAUGAGGUCGUUAUUCCCAAGAUGCCCUCUGUAGGGCCUGGUAGCCACGGAGUCACUUGGGAAGCAGAUAAAGCGAAGAUCAUCGAAACUGCGGAGCCAUUCUUUGCUCAGGGGCAAGAAGUUGUUCUUAUUGCCCAUUCCUAUGGAGGCAUUCCCGCCACUGCAGCUACGCAAGGGCAGGGGGUCCAUGAAAGAGCACAGGCAGGCCUUAAAGGAGGAUUUCAAUCCAUCAUCUUCCUCGCUGCAUUUGCUAUCCCUGUCAAGGGCUGGGAUCUUAUUACUACCUUUGGUGGAUCGUACCCUGGAUGGCUUCAAGCUGGUGAAAAAUAUGCAAAGAAUCAGAUCACCAGCAUGAAGUCGGAGCAAGCCCGAGAUUGUGUCUACAGCGGUUGCUCCAUGGAAGUAAUGAACGCUGCCUUGGAAGAAACACAGCCACAUUCUCAAGAUGCAUUUGAAACCAGUUUGGACUUUAUCGCCUCGGAUAUUACUAUCCCCAAGACCUACAUAAUCUGUGAGAACGACCAGCUAUUGCUGCUUCCUCUUCAGGAACAACUCGUUGAUUCAACACCCGGUAUGAAAUCUGCGAGAUUGGUGGCUGGUCAUAGUCCAUUUUUAGAAAAAACAAAAGAAACUGCGGACGUGAUUGUCAAGGUUAUCGAGAGCUAG